AUGUACUUUUGGGGUUCAUUCGGCUCACUGUUCGAGUCUCUGACACCGCUGUUUGAAUUCGAGUUGGACGUACUCAUGUAUAGCUCGACGAUGCUCGCUUCGGUUUAUUUUGGAACCGCGGUCUGGGGAACUGCACAUGUGCAAGACAUCCAGUCGUUCGUGUUCCAGUGGGUUUCUACUACGUAUCAUGAUCACCCAACGGGAGUUGGCUCUGCUCGACUGAGCUCGAUGGGAUUGAACCAACUUGAAGGUCGAUGA